AUGUCUGCGAAACAGAAUGACAAAUCUAAAUGGCGGAGAAGGAAAUGUUCAAAAUCGCCAGUAGUGGAAGACAACGACUGUGCGAGCCUUGCGUGGCUUUUGAAUUUUAGGUUGGACGAAAUUGUGAACGUUAAAGUUCCGGAUGAUGACGUUGAUGUAAUCGCGGAGCCGAAAACUGAGAUACCAGAUACACCUGUAGCAGCGAGAAAGCCACCGUAUACUUACCCAGAACUGAUCGAAAGAGCUCUGAGAGAAAAAGGGGAGUUAACGGUGUCGGCAAUUUACCAGUGGAUCUCUGAUCGUUUCCCUUUUUACAAAGCAAACGAUGAGCGUUGGAAAAAUUCAGUGCGGCACAAUCUUUCCAUAAAUCCGCACUUUCGAAAGGGAGCUCGAGCUACUCAAGGCGCCGGACACCUUUGGUCGCUUGCAGCGAACGCCAUUGACUUAUUACCUUUAAGAAAUAAUGAUUUAGAGAAAAAGACUGAAGUGGUACACACAACAGAACUGCAUGUGAUCGAAUUCCCCAAGGUUAUAGUGCUUGACGAGGCAGCGAUUGCAGCAGCUAGUAUCAUUCCGGACCAUGAUUUGUUUAACGGAAGUACAAUGUUCCUGAAUCCCGUAUCAGCCGAGCAAGUCAUUCGAGAGUGUGGCCUCAUCACUGUAGACUAA